CGGGGCUGGCUUGGUGCUGCCUGCCUGCCGCCCAGGAAGGCGCUGAGCUCAAACCGGCACCCGCGGCCCAGCGGCGCCUUCGCUCCCUCGGCCCGGUCUGGCCCAGCUGCUCAGUUUAAAAAUGGGUCGUCGCUCCUCGGACACAGAAGAAGAGAACAGAAGCAGAAGGAAAAAGAAACACCGCAGACGUUCAUCUUCCAGUAGUUCCUCAGACAGCAGAACAUACAGCCGUAAAAAAUCUGGAAGGAAAUCAAGGUCAAGGUCGCGGUCUCGAGAUCUCCAGUCUCGUUCUCAUUCUUAUGAGAAAAGACGCAGACACAGAUCGAGCAGUAGCUCUUCAUAUGGUUCUAGAAGAAAACGCAGUCGUAGCCGAUCACGGGGCAGAGGCAAAUCCUACAGGUCUCAAAGAUCAAGAUCAAAAAGUAGAACAAGAAGAUCACGAUCAAGACCUCGUCAACGUUCUUAUAGUCGAAGUAGUGAAAGAUCCAGUCAUAGGACAACUCAUAGCGGGUCUCGUGAAAGAGAGCGGCGUAAAGGCAGAGAGAAAGAAAAAGUAAAAGAGAAGGGCAAAGGAAAAGAAAAGGAGAUAUAUGGCGCGAAACAUGGGGACUCUGGAAACAUCAAAGCUGGAUUAGAACAUCUGACUCCUGCUGAACAGGCCAAAGCUAGAUUGCAGCUGGUUCUCGAGGCAGCCGCUAAAGCAGAUGAAGCAUUGAAGGCGAAAGAGAGAAGUGAAGAAGAGGCAAAGAAAAGGAAGGAAGAAGACCAAGCCACCCUCGUGGAGCAAGUGAAACGAGUAAAGGAAAUUGAAGCUAUUGAAAGUGACUCCUUUGUUCCACAGACAUUCAGAUCAAGUAAAGAAGUCAAAAAGUCAGCAGAGCCUCCUGAGCUACAGUACGAACCUGUAACUAUCGGAGCAGGACCUGCUGAUGCAUCUGCUCCUGAAAAAGAACCACCACCUGCCAAUAUUCCUACUGCCAUCAAAUACCAAGAUGAUAAUUCUUUAGCACAUCCAAACCUGUUUAUCGAGAAGGCAGAAGCAGAAGAGAAGUGGUUCCAGCGGCUGAUUGCUCUGCGGCAGGAGAGGCUGAUGGGCAGUCCGGUGGCCUGAGCAAACUGCUGUGACCAUCCCAUGCUGGUUCUCCAUGAAUGCUAAGAAAUCCUACCAUUAAAUUGCUUUCUUUUUCUCUUUUGAGGGGAUUUUAAUACUCGGCGUGCGUUGUACAGAGAAUAAAUAUUUCAUCUGAAUAAACAAGAAUGUUCUAUC